AUGGACUCAUACUUAAACAAAGAUGCCAUUAUAGAUGCAUCAAGCCUCCUCAACGACACGUUGAUAUCUAAGGGGUAUGUUGACUCCACCCUCUUGUUCAACUCCAUUGACUGGGACAAAUUGAAGGUCGACCAGCCGUCAGAUAUACCCCAGCUAAAACUCACCGAUACCCUAUACAACAAUGACAAAAACAUCAUCAAUAUCAUCUAUGGGCUCCUUCAAAGCGUUGAAAGAAACAAGGUCCAGAAUAAGACUUUCAACCAGAUCAUCAACCAGAAAGAUCAAGAAAUCAAACAGCUUAAGGAACGAACAGCAGACUUGGAGUUGAAACUAAACAAGCUGGACUCUAAGCUUCAGACCGCAUUAUACGAAAAAUCGUCAACCCUGAAGGACUAUAACUCGCUUGCCAACCGCAACAAAGCCCAGGCUCGAGACUUGAAUAAGGUGAAGAAUUGGUGUAAUGAUAUCAAAACCAAACACGAGAUCGAGAUAAAAAAGAAGAACCUAGUAAUUAACAACUUGAAGAACCAGUUGAUCGAAAAGAAAAACUUGUCCACCAGCAUCACGUAUGGUCUCAAUCGAAGUUCUCUACUUGAGGAGAAACAUGAAAUUGCAGAGGUGGAUACAAAUUCCAACUACAUCUACAACAACAAUCCCAUAAUCAACAAUCUCAAUGAUACAAAUUUGCCCAUACCGAUUUUGAAUGCCGAAUACGAAAAAAUUGUCAUCACCUUGACGGAUCUCACCAACAACUUGAUCAAAGAGAAUCACAAGUUUUCCAGGUUUAUCAAGAAUUUGAAUAAAUACUACAGUAGGUUCAACUCGGUUAUUAACCCAGAAACCGAUAAACCUUCUUCACAAGAUGAAUUCAUACCGAACCCAGAAGAUUACUUCAAUUUACAAGACUUGAACCAGUUGAUAGACCUGGACCUUGAUAUCGAUAAUAUCGAGACUUUUGAAUUCAUCAUUAAACCAAUUCUUAACAACAUCUACAAAAACUAUCACUAUUUGAACAACUUGUUCGACGAUAUCAACCAGUCGAAAGAACAACCACCGGAGGGAGCUGAAUCCAGGGAUGGUAAAGAUGACGAAAUUCAGAGACUCAAACGGGAAUUGAGCUUGGCUACCAGCAACUGGAAAGAUGCCAUUAAAACACUAGAUGAUUGGGAAGGUCGGAACAGAAGACACUGA